AUGGCGCCAAACGGCGUAGCCAUGAGUCGUAAGACGCCCUCAUCGCAAGGCCGCCCGAUCAAGAUGGAGGGAAGUAUCGCACUCGAGAACUUGUUCGACGACCUCGACGAAAAGACCAAAUCGCCACCUGCCGACAUCAAGAAACGCCUCCCGCUCGCGACCAACGCCGGCGCAUGGAAUAAAGAUGUCCUCACCACACACUCCUCGCGAGACGACAGCGCCCGCUCCACACCCAUCGUCGAGCUCCCCAAGAAUAUCCGCAAGACAUUUCCCAACAAAUGCGUCAUGGCCGAUCGAGCAGAGACCAGCAAAUGCAUCCACUGCAAGCGCGCCGUCAGCAAGUUCGCCAUGCCCAAGCACAUCGAAUCCUGUCUGGACAAGAAGCAAGAGAAGCAGCGCAAGAAGAAGGAAGCAAAAGACGCACGUGAUGCAGCGGCGCGGAAGGAGAAGGCGGGAGAUAGCGAGGAGGAGGAAGAGGAGGGGCUGUCGUCGAAGAAGACGAGCAAAGGCGGCAUGACGGUGAGCAAGAAGCGGAAAGCCGAGGAGGGGGUGGACGACGGAGCAGGACCGUCGAAAAAGAAGAAAAAGAAAGACGAACCGAAGGGCAAAGCCGCACGGCCCAAGGCGCCUGUGGAUGUCGAGAAGCAGUGUGGUGUGGAACUACCGCAGGGCGGUCAGUGUGCGCGUAGCUUGACAUGCAAAUCGCACAGCAUGGGCGCGAAACGCGCCGUUCCUGGACGAAGUGCGCCGUACGAUAAGCUGUUGAUGGAGUAUCAACGGAAGAACCAAGCGAAACUACAGAAAGCGGCAUUCGAUGCGAACGCGCCCAAUCCGGAUGACGAUAACCUUGACGUCGGGCCAGUCGAUAGCGAAGAGGAGAAAGAGGCGGUCAUGGCUGCUAUACAGCAGAAUUGGGGCGGUGCGCCGCUGUAUCAGCCGAUGCGGGUGCCGUUGAGAAGCAAGUAUCAGUACAACCGACUGCAGGGCACAUUAUUUGGCCAUCGAUCGAGUCACAAGGGUAGCGGCGGUGGGACGUUCACGUUUGGGCCUGGGAGUGUGGGAGCUGGUGGUGGACUUUUUGGAUCAGGAACGCCGGGUGCUGGACUGUUCGGGAGCGGCACUGCUGGGCACCCGAAUGCUGCGCUGACUGUCGAUACAGACGGCAUGGUCCAGCCGCGGAAAAUCGUGGUGCCAGGGGCGAGGUCGAUGAUGGCACCGAUGGCGCCGAGUAAGAGGCCGAGCAUUGCGUCUGGGUCUUGA